UUGUCUACUAAUCUCUUAUAAUAUUAAAGUGGAUAUAAUGGCAGAAGUUAUUGAAACAUGGGGAGACUUGUUCUACGGAAUCCAGCCAACCGCCUGGGCCAACAUGGGUAUUGCCCUAGCAUUGGGAAUGUCAAUUGCUGGAGCAGCCUGGGGUAUCUUCAUCACAGGAGCCAGUCUUAUUGGAUCAGCAGUCAAAACUCCAAGAAUUAAAUCUAAGAACUUAGUUAGUGUAAUUUUCUGAGAAGCCGUUGCUAUCUAUGGAGUCAUUAUGGCUAUUAUUCUCUAUGGAAAGAUUCAGAGCACUACAAUUGAAUUUGACCCUACACCAAAUUCACCUUGGGAAAAAGCUCUCUUUAGUGGGUAUGCCCUGUUUGCAGCAGGAUUAGCUGUAGGUCUUUCUAAUCUUUGCUGUGGAAUUUGUGUCGGUGUGACAGGAUCUGGAGCUGCUCUUGCAGAUGCACAGACACCAUCAACCUUUGUGAAAAUCCUUAUUAUUGAAAUCUUCGGGUCGGCCUUAGGAUUGUUUGGUGUUAUUAUUGGUAUUAUUCAAGCAGGAAAAUCCGAAUGGCCAUAAAGUUUAUCAUAGCUUUAACCAAAACUCAAUUUAAUAA